AUAUUCCUCCGGGUCUACCACGUACAUCACAACUCUAGAGCUGUACCUAUGAUUCCUUCCUCUUCCGCAGAAGACGACUGCGACGCCUGCGCCCCAGAAUGGGCCGUUAAACGCAGACCAUCAGCGAUAGCGAUCUCCGCAUUGCCUUUUGUCUUUACAUUCCUCAUUGUCGCUUCCGCCGUGUCGCAUAAACUAUUCCCACUACUGUCGGGAUCCAAGAAGAACCGAGAUGGCGGCGUACACCUGGUUGGGUUCGCAUGGCGCGAAAAGACAUCUGGCUUGAAGAAGCUACGCAUAGAUGCGCGCGCGCUCGCCAGCUUGACGUUUUCCACCAACAUUGCGCUAUCGGCCGUUCUCAUCGAGCUCAUCCUAUGUGAGAUAUCGAACACGAUCAAUCCCACAACGCGCGCGUUGGCUCUGAAAAUCACUCUACCGUCGCUAUUAUUCCUCCUUAUUGUCGCAACACCGGCCUUGAUCAUACACUCUGUAAUAUCCAACGCAGGAUGGGAUCUUCGUGGAUCAAGAAGAGGGCACCGGAGGAUCGCUUGGCUGAUGGAGUUAUCGGGCCUUGCACUCUGGCUGGCUGCGUUUUGGUACCUGGGGAGAGGCCUAUUGGGCUCAUAUCUCCAUGAAGAAUCGUAUCUCCACAAUCAUACCUUUAGCGAGGGAUGUUUGGAACGGAUUGGCGUCAUUGGCAUAAGCCUUAUGGCUUCCCUUGCUGGCUUUGCCGCAGUCAGCUCACUGUGGCAAACUUUUGGCGUCAAAUAUCGACCUGUAAGCAGCUUUCCAUCGUGUAUCCAAGAUAUACCCUGGAUGUCACAUCAUAGAUCACUGACAAUAUAUAGGUCACUGAAUCCGAUAUAGCAC